AUGUUGGAAAAUUAUGGAAACAUGGUAUCCCUUGGAUUUUCAUUUCCUAAACCUCCUUUGAUCUCCCAUCUGGAGCGAGAAGCUGAGCCAUGUGUUCAGGAUCUACAGUACGGGAGGUUCCUGAGCUGCUCCUUCCCAGUACCAACAGGCAGGAUAUGGCCUGGGAGUGAGAAGGCACCUUCAGAACAAGAGGUAUUUGAAAACAGAGAAGUCUUCUGGGUGAAAUGUAACAGUCUUCUAAAUAUUGUUUCCCAGGAUCCUGAGGUUAGAGAGGUUUGUAUGCAGGAUGUCAAACUAGAAAAUCAAUGGGAAACAUUCGUAAGGGGAGAACUGAGAGAAGUGAGAGAAGGCUCUACGGAAGUGACCUUCAAAAAGGAAAAGAACCAGAAGGUACUUAAAAAAAUCUUUAAUUCAAACUCAAAACAUAUUUCAUAUAAUAGAGUGUUUACAAAGCAAAAACUUUAUGAAUAUGCGAAAUGUGACAAAAAAUUCAGCUGGCAUUCAGACCUAAUUCUCCAUGAUCAAAUUCAUUCUGGUGAGAAAUCCCAUGUCUGUAAAGAGUGUGGGAAAGCUUUCAAGACCAGAAAUCAAUUUUCUGUACACMACAUAAUCCACACAGGGGAGAAACCUUUUAACUGUACACACUGUGGGAAAGCCUUCAACAGCAGAUCAGCUCUUUGCAGACAUAAAAAAAUCCACAGUGAAGAGAAGCUUUAUGAGUGCCAGGACUGUGGGAAGGCCUUCAAGACCAGGACACGUCUCAGUGUGCAUCAGAUAGUCCACACUGGGGAGAAGCCUUACAAAUGUAAUGACUGUGGAAAGGACUUCCAGUUUAAGCAUUCCCUUAUUGCCCAUGGCAGAAUCCAUACUGGGGAGAAACCAUAUGAAUGUGAGGAGUGUGGGAAGGCUUUCAGGGGGAGUUCAGAUCUCACCAAACACAAAAGAGUCCACACUGGGGAGCGACCUUAUGAGUGCAACAAGUGUGGGAGGGCCUUCAGUCAAAGCUCAGACCUAAGCAAACACAGAAGAGUCCACACUCAGGAGAAACAUUUUGGGUGCCCUCAGUGUGGAAAAGCCUUUAGUAUCAAGGCAGAUUUCAGGAAGCAUAGAAGAAUCCACAAUGAGGAGAAACCUUACAAGUGUGAGAAGUGUGGAAAAGCCUUCCGUCAUAACUGUAAUCGCAGGGCUCAUGAACUAGAACACACAGGGAAGAAGCCCUAUCCAUGUGGAGAUUGUGGGAAAACUUUCCAGGAUAGGCACUGCCUUACCAUCCAUCAAAGAAUCCACACUGGAGAGAAACCUUAUAAAUGUUUGGAAUGUGGCAAAGCUUUCAGUGGAAAGUCAAACUUGACCAAUCAUCAGAGAAUUCACACUGGAGAGAGACCCUACACAUGUGAGAUUUGUGGAAAGGCCUUUCAUCAUAAUUCAGUACUGAAGCAACACAAAAGAAUCCACACUGGUGAAAAGCCAUAUACAUGCUAUGAGUGUGGCACAUCUUUCCGUCAGUACUCAGCUUUAACUGGACAUAAGCGACUUCAUACUGGAGAGAAACCUUAUGAAUGUGAGGAGUGUGGCAAAGCUUUCAGGGUGAGCUCCAAUCUUACUGGACAUAAGAAAAGAAAACAUUUGAGUAUGGAGAAGCCAUGA